UUUGAAAGAUUUCAAAUGAAUUAUUUUUGUUUUUAAUUUCAUCAGUUAACUUAAUUUGUUUUAAUCAAUUAAAUUAUUGGAUUCUUGAUUAGUCUUAUUUACUGUAAAGGAUUUCAUCAUGAGUGGCGGGGUAUAUGGAGGAGAUGAGGUUGGUGCUCUUGUCUUUGAUAUUGGACAUUAUUCUGUUCGUGCAGGAUUUGGGGAAGAUUCAUUGAAAGCUGAAAUUCCAAGUAUGGUUGGAUAUCUCGAUGAAAUUCCUGACAAUUCAAUGGAAGUUGAUUCUCAACCGGCUCCAACUGCACAGAGAAAACACUUCAUCGAUACUACGUCUAUUCAUGUUCCUAGGAAAGGUGUAGAGAUGACUACUUUUCUUAAAGAUGGAAUGAUUGAAGACUGGGAUCUCUUUGAAAAGAUGCUGGACCAUGUCUAUUCAAAGCAUAUAAAAUCUGAUCCAAAACUUCAUCCUGUUCUAAUGUCCGAAGCGGCUUGGAACGUGAGAAGUAAAAGAGAAAGAUUAACUGAGCUUAUGUUCGAAAAGUACAAUAUACCGGCAUUCUUUCUGGUUAAAAAUGCUGUUCUUUCUGCUUUUGCCAAUGGAAGAUCAACCGGUAUCGUGGUUGAUUCAGGAGCCUCACAAACCUCAGCUGUUCCAAUCCAUGAUGGUUUUGUACUUCAACAGAUGAUUGUUAAAUCACCAUUAGCAGGAGAUUUCAUAACAAUGCAAUGUCGACAAUAUUUUGAAGAGCAUAACAUUGAUAUUGUUGCUCCUUAUCAAAUCGCUUCAAAGGAAGCGGUGAAUGAAGGUUUUCCUCCCAAAUGGACAAAGAAAACCAAUGUACCCGAAGUUAGUAAAUCUUGGCACAAUUACAUGGUUAAAGAGGUUAUUCAAGAUUUCCAGGCUUGUGUCUUACAAGUUCAUGAUGUUCCAUAUGAUAAAGAGACCAUUGAGAACAUGCCUACCGUUCAUUAUGAAUUUCCAAAUGGUUAUAAUCAAGAUUUUGGAGCCGAAAGGUUUUCAAUUCCUGAAGCACUUUUUGAUCCUUCCAAUAUCAAAGGAGUUCCUGGUUCAGUGAUGGGAAUUGCUCAAAUUGUUACAACGAGUGUUGGAAUGUGCGAUGUUGAUAUUAAACCAGCUUUAUAUGGAUCUGUUAUUGUGACCGGAGGAAAUACUCUUAUUCAAGGAUUCACAGAUCGACUUAAUCGAGACUUAUCAACCAAAACUCCACCGAGUAUGAGAUUGAAAUUACUCAGUCCAGUUGGAACAGCUGAACGUAGAUAUGCUGCUUGGAUUGGAGGAUCAAUUCUCGCUUCACUGGGAACAUUUCAACAAAUGUGGAUCUCGAAACAAGAAUAUGAUGAAGGAGGAAAAUCUCAAGUGGAACGGAAAUGUCCCUAAAUUUUUUCUCUCCCUUUCCUUUGCCAAUGAACAUCAUUCAUGAUCUUUUGCGUAAUAUUCAAGAGAUGGAACCUUAACCACUUCAAUCAUUGAUUCAUUAAUUCAUCACAAAAUCAUCCAUAAAUUCAUGGUGAUCAACUUUUUGUAUACAUCAAAAGAAACCAAAAAAAAAUGAACACUUUUGCUUAUAACUUUAACAACAAA